AAAGCCCUGUGCGAAUACUCAGACUGCUUACUGCUCUUACCUCCCGGGAACAUUGCCAUGAGACGAGAUGUCCAAGAGGGCCAGGCUCGGUGUUUAUGUCGCCUAGGAAGGCACGGAGAGGCUCUGGAUAUUGCAGAAAAAAUGAGAAAUAGCGCUACCAACACAGAUCACCUAACGACAGUUCUCAACCUGCAGUUGGCGAUUUACCAGGGUCUGGAAAAUGCAGAAAAAAAGAUCACGUGUCUGCAGCAACUGCUCUGCUUACAUCCUUUCAACCCUUGGUACUGGAAGUUACUCGCUGAAGCUUAUAUGAGCCUUUUACAGAGUUUGUCUCCAUUAGUCAUUCCAGAAAAAAAUCUGAAUCGGUCCGAAGAGGUGAAUGUAAGUGAUAGGAGUUCCAAAACACCGACUGGAAGAGAGAUUGAUUUGCAGCCUCAUGGAUCAGAUGCCCAGAAGGAAGGCCCUUGGUCCAACCUUGCUACAGAAACAAAGAGGGGGAAUGCAGAGACUUGUAGCAGCAGCCAAACUGUAAAAGAAUCUCUCUGCGCUUCGGAAGAACCGGGAAGAACACAUGAAAGGAAUGGUGUAGCAUUGGAGUCCUGGGAACAGAACACGUCGAAGAAAGUUAGAAUAAAGGCGUGUGCCUCAUUUAUUAGAGCAAGGCUUUUACUUCAGCUUACCCAGUUGCAACAGUCGUCCUUUGCACUAGAGAAUAACAGAAAAAGUCAGAAAGAAAUCGGUGACAAAGUGGCACGGCUUGGUUUCAAGGAAGAGUCCUUGCUGUUGGUGACCGAGGCUAUGGGGCAGGACAUUAUACCAGAAAAACUAAAAGAGGAGUUUCAAGGUGAGGUAAAGUGCAUAGGCCCUUCAGCGCUGUCGUCACUGGUAACUGCAUCAGCCACAGAAUUCGAAAUGAAAUGGUUCGGUAAUCUUCAAGAUGAUUUAUGUCACUUUGACAGGCAGUUCUAUUCAGAUACUUAUCUCCCACCUUUGGUAACUUAA